ACGGUUCUGAUUGUAAGAUCCUUCGCUGACUUUCAACCUUCGCCCGCCAAUAGCAUAGUAGGCAAAGUUGAAGCGCAGCCACUUCUGCGGAACUCUGCAGCCAAUGCAUUGCCAUCUUUUACACCAAUGGAAUCCAAGAAAGCAUGAACUUCUCUAAUUUGUCAGAAUCCCAAAACAUAUAAAGUCCACAACUUUUCACACCCCAGAGAGACGUUUCUACUUUCAAGUAAUCUUUUCCCCCUCCCUGUUACCGUACAGUUCCUUAGCCGACCAGAUAUCAAGAAACAGCGUCUGAAACUUCUCUCUCCCUCUCUCUGCCAUAAAGGGUUGGUGAAAUGGGGGGGAAGAGGGAAAAAGGAGAGAUGGCCCAGAUGGGUAUGUUCUUUGAUGGGGUUAUAGACGCCAUGCCAGUGUAUGUCAAGGAGCUGGUGGCUGGGGGAGUUGCUGGUGGGAUGGCAAAGAGCGUGGUUGCUCCCCUCGAGCGUAUCAAGAUUUUGUUUCAGACCAGACAAGCAGAAUUCCGGAGCAUAGGGCUGUUUGGUUCCGUUAAAAAGAUUGCAAGGACAGAAGGGGUUAUGGGUUUCUACAGAGGGAAUGGGGCUAGUCUUGCUCGAAUUGUUCCCUAUGCAGCACUGCAUUACAUGACUUAUGAGCAAUACCGCAGAUGGAUAAUACUCGCUUUUCCUGACAUGGGGAGAGGCCCUGUGCUUGAUCUCGUGGCUGGAUCAUUUGCUGGAGGAACCGCUGUGCUCUUUACCUAUCCUCUUGAUUUAGUUCGGACUAAAUUAGCUUAUCAGGUUGUUGGUUCAUCAAAUUUGAAUGCUCAAUCGGUACCUAAAAAUGAAAAGGUUUAUAAAGGAAUUCUUGAUUGUUUCUCGAAGACUCGUAAAGAGGCUGGGUUUAGAGGUCUCUAUCGUGGUGUGGCUCCAUCACUCUAUGGAAUUUUCCCCUAUGCUGGUUUGAAGUUCUACUGCUAUGAGGAGAUGAAACGCCAUGUCCCUCAGGAGCACAAGAGCAGUAUUAUUGUGAAACUUGUAUGUGGAUCUGUUGCAGGUUUAUUGGGUCAGACCUUCACAUAUCCUCUUGAUGUUGUCAGGAGGCAAAUGCAGGUUCAACGACACUUGGCGUCUAAUAGUGCCGAGAUAAAAGGAACAAUAGAAACCCUUGUUAUGAUCUCUCAAAAGCAAGGAUGGAAGAUGUUAUUCUCAGGGCUAAGCAUCAACUACUUGAAGGUUGUACCAUCUGUAGCCAUUGGGUUUACUGGUUAUGAUCUUAUGAAAUCAUGGCUGAGAGUUCCACCACGAGAUGAACCUGAUACGGAAGUGGUAUCUGGCACAAGAACUGGCACUCCAACGUCAUUUCACUCUUGAUAACAAUUCUUACCCAUUUUUGCUUUGAGCAGUUUUCUACACAACUACACAAGUCAUCAGGAGCUUCACAGGCCCUUUUUUCUUCUUUACAUUUCCAUUCUUUCAAGCCAUACAAUAAUAGCGCACAAUGUAUAGUCCAUCCCUCCGAAAAGACAGACCUCCUUGAAGGUCUAAUUCUUACAGAUUUCUUAAGAGGAUAAUCCUUAAAAUAGUGGACAUCAUUGAUUUGACAUUCAAAUCAUUUGAAGAGGUAAUUGAAAACUAGGAGGAUGAUAUUCAUGUUCA